AUGGCGGCGGCGGCCAGGUCCACCGCUGGCUCCGUGCUGCUGCGGAUCAUGUGGCUGGUGUGCGGGCUUUCCUUCUCACCCGCUUCUGCUCAACACUACAACAGUGACACCGGGAUAUCCGUCCCGGAACACGGUUUUUGCCAGCCCAUCUCCAUCCCGCUGUGUACCGACAUCGCCUACAACCAGACCAUCAUGCCGAACCUCCUGGGCCACACCAACCAGGAGGACGCUGGGCUUGAGGUACACCAGUUUUACCCUCUGGUAAAGGUCCAGUGCUCUGCGGAUCUAAAGUUCUUCCUCUGCUCCAUGUACGCGCCGGUCUGCACCGUGCUGGAGCAGGCCAUCCCCCCGUGCCGGUCCCUGUGUGAGCGGGCACGGCAGGGAUGCGAAGCCUUGAUGAACAAGUUCGGCUUCCAGUGGCCGGAGCGGCUCCGGUGCGAGGCUUUCCCGGUGCACGGAGCCGGAGAAAUCUGCGUGGGUCAGAACACAUCCGAGCCCAAUGGACCGGCUUCCCCAUCGUCCCCCUUUUCACCCGACCUUGUGACCCUUCCCCCAAACAUGGGCCGACCCAACGAGCGCCCUCACCAGCACAGCCCGUACCACGACUUCUCCUGCCCGCUGCAGCUGAAUGUGCCCCCCUACCUGGGCUACAAAUUCAUGGGGGUGAAGGACUGCGGGGCUCCGUGUGAGCCCACCAAGACCGCCGGCAUCAUGUAUUUCAGGGAGGAUGAGGUGAAAUUCGGGCGGCUUUGGGUCGGGAUCUGGUCCAUCCUGUGCUGUGUGAGCACCUUGUUCACAGUGCUCACAUAUCUGGUGGACAUGCGCCGGUUCAGGUACCCGGAGCGACCCAUCAUCUUCUUAUCCGGGUGUUACUUCAUGGUGGCGGUGGCUUACGCCGCGGGGUUUUUCCUGGAGGACAAAGUUGUUUGUGUGGAUAAAUUCAAGGAUGACGGCUACCGGACAGUGGCUCAGGGCACCAAAAAGGAGGGGUGCACCAUCCUCUUCAUGGUGCUGUACUUUUUCGGGAUGGCCAGCUCCAUCUGGUGGGUGAUUUUGUCCCUGACGUGGUUCCUCUCAGCCGGGAUGAAAUGGGGCCACGAAGCCAUUGAAGCCAACUCCCAGUACUUCCACUUGGCAGCCUGGGCCGUGCCAGCCGUCAAAACCAUCACCAUCCUCGCCAUGGGCCAGGUGGACGGGGACGUGCUGACCGGGGUUUGCUUCGUGGGGAUCUUUAACGUGGAUGCUCUCCGUGGUUUCGUCCUGGCUCCACUAUUCGUCUACCUGUUCAUCGGCACGUCCUUCCUCCUGGCCGGCUUCGUGUCCCUGUUCCGGAUCCGUACCAUCAUGAAGCACGACGGCACCAAGACGGAGAAGUUGGAGAAGCUGAUGGUGCGCAUCGGGGUGUUCAGCGUCCUGUACACGGUGCCAGCCACCAUCGUGAUCGCCUGUUACUUCUACGAGCAGGCCUUCAGGGAGCACUGGCAGCGCACCUGGCACAUGCACACCUGUAAGCGCUUCGCCGUGCCAUGCCCAGAGCACAACUUCGCCCCCAUGAGCCCCGACUUCACCGUGUUCAUGAUCAAAUACCUGAUGACGAUGAUAGUGGGGAUCACCUCGGGUUUCUGGGUCUGGUCCGGGAAAACCCUUCAAUCAUGGCGGAGGUUUUACAAGCGCCUUAGCAAUGGUAAUCAUGGAGAAACAACGGUGUAAGGAUUGAAAAAACCAACCACAACAAACAAAAAAAACACAAAGUUUUGGAUAUAAUUACCAUGAAAAAUGAGGUCAAAUAGCUUUCAAUGUUUUUAAAAUACUAUUUUUGGACACAUUUUGUCAUUGAAUUUUUGUGUUUUUUUUCUAUUUGUCUUGGAACACACAUCCAAAC